AUACGGAAGUGCACGCACGUGUUUGUCCGAAUCGAAGAUGAUCGAAAGAAAACAGGUUGAGAAGGCAGUUACUGCCCUGCUGACUCUGAUUGAGCAGAAGGAUUCGGGAGUUGUGGACAUUGUGGACCAGCCUGGGAAGAUAGAAGUACAGUUGACGCUUAAGAAAAUACCUGGAGUCAAACAUAAAAAUAUUCCAUUAACUCUUCCGAACUCCCUCCACUAUGACACAAGGGAAGUGUGUCUGUUUGUGAAGGACCUGGACAAGAAGAAUCGAGAAUAUGAACUCACUGUACAGCAUUAUCAAGACCUGCUUCACAAAAAGAACAUAUCAUGUAUCUCCAAGAUAAUCCCUCUGAAGGCCUUGCGAACUGACUACAGUAUGCACAGUGCUAAACGGAGUCUGGCUAAGGCAUACGACCUUUACCUGGCUGAUGAGGCUGUGUUUGGCUUGCUGCCGGGGCAACUGGGCAAGAUCUUCUUUGCCAAGAAGAGGUUGGUUCCAAUGAAGGUGAACCUUUCAGCAAAGGCCCUAAAGUCCGAGAUUGAAGAUAUGGUCAACAACACACGCCUGGUCAUUCAAGGGUCUGGGUCAAACAGUUGCCUGACUGUUGGCCACAGCCGCCAAGGUAUGUCUAAGAUUGUGGACAACAUUGUAUCCGUGGUGAGCCAGCUAGGGGACAAAUUGCCUGGUGGUCUCAACAACGUUAAGAACAUCUACAUUAAGAGUGCAAACACAAAGUCACUGCCAGUGUAUUUUGACAUGGGUGGGGUUGAGAAUGUGGAUUUGCCGGACAUCAAGGAAGACAAAUUGACAGAGCUAACAGAUGAGAUCACCACAGUUGAAGACGCCAGAGUAAAGAUCAGGGCAGAUGGGCAGGUGAAAAUAGUGAAACAAAGAAGAAAGAAGGGCAAGCAGGAAGAUGGUGAAGAAGAAAAGGCGCAGGAAAGCGAAGAGCUGGAAGAAGAAUCAGAAGAUGGGGAUGACAGUAGUGAUAAUAAUGAUGAAGAUGACAAAAGUGAUGAUGAUGACAAUAAAAAGGUUGACAGUGAUGUUGAAAUGGAAGACAGUGAUGAGAGUGAAAAUGAGGAAGAAGCUGUAGUAGUGGCAAAAAGCAAAAUUCCAAGAAAAGGUGUUAUAAAAGGAAACAAAGCUGUCGGUAAGAACCAAAGAGUGACAGUCGAAAAGGAGAACAAUUCAAAACAAAAGAUUGAAUUGAGCAAGAAAUCUCCUAAAGGAAAGAGGGCGCUUGAAAGGAAGGAUGAUGGUGAUAAUGUAGCAGAAAUGAAGAAGAUAAAAACCGUCGCUGAGAAGAAGGUUAAAGAAAAAGUGAACGAAAGUGUAAACCGGAAAACAAAGAAGGCAAGAAAGGUCUAACUAAAAAAAAAAUGAAGCUGAUUGUUUUAAUCUGUACUAUUGAUUAUUGAUUUUAUGCUAUUGAUUCAGAAUAAAAUAGCUAUUAUGGCAUUUA